AUGGUGCCCUUGGGCAGCCCCACUCUCGCCGUGUGCGCCUCCAGCAACCUGCGCCUCAUGGCCCCGGGGCGCGGCUCGCCGCUGGCCUGGCUGAACCGGGGCCCCGAGUGCCCGGGGGGCAGCGGGGGCCGCAGGGCCAGCGCCGUGGAGCGCCUGGAGGCCGACAAGGCCAAGUACGUGAAGUCGCAGCAGGUGAUCAGCCGGCGGCAGGAGCCGGCGCUGCGCGGCUCCCCGCGCCUGUCCCCGCACGGGCGGCGCCGCCUGGCCCGGCAGCCGUGCCGGGAGCUGGGCCCGGAGCUGCCGGGCCCCCCGUCCCCCGUGUCCCGCCGCGGCGGCGGCCGCCGCCUGCUCAGGCCCGACUCGCUCAUCAUCUACCGCCAGAAACGGGACUGCCUGGGCGGCGACAAGGAGAACAACGCCAAGGGCUCGGGGCUGGUGCGGCGCCUCUUCCAGGGACCCCUGAGAGCCACCCCGCCCAGCUCGCCCCCCGCCCGGAGCCCCCGGACCCCCAUGCUGUGGGCGCCGGCCGAGAGGGAGGAGCGGACACCGGGAGGGGACGGCAGCGGUGCCAGCGGCGGGGACAGCGGCGGGAUCCCCCCCGUGCCCGUGCCCGUGCCCGUGCCCGUGCCCGCGGAGCAGCCGCCCGGUGCCCCCGGGAAGAAGCCGCUGGCUCUGCGCGUGUCGCUGCCGCUCUCGGAGCAGGAGCGCUUCUUCAACUACUGCGGGCUGGACCGGGCGCAGGUGGAGCUGCUGGGCCGGGAGCGCUUCGGGCCCGCGGGCUGGGACAGCGGCUCGGCCCGGGCCGGCUCCGGCGAGUCCGAGCCCGGCCGGGCCUCGGGGGGCAGCGAGGGGGACGCGGGGCCGGGCGAGGAGGAGCCGGACACCCGGGCGGGCGCGGCCGUGUCGGUGGUGGAGCGCAACGCGCGGGUCAUCAAGUGGCUCUACGGCUGCCAGAGAGCCUGGGCGGCUGCCAGGGAAUCCACGGUGUGA